AUGGGGCGUCCGCCCGCGUACAUUUUUGUGGUUAGGCACGGCGCUCGUCUUGACGCCGCCGACAAAAAGUGGCACCUCACAUCUCCGACUCCUUACGACCCUCCUCUGACCUACGGCGGCUGGCAACAAGCAAAGGCCCUCGGAAUCCGCAUCGCCAACAUCCUCCGACAAGCCGAAGCAGAUGGCAUUUCGGAACCAAGCCUCUCCAACCGCCGCAAUGGCUCCGCCGACUCCCAGAGGAAGCGACGAAAGUUCAAAGUCGUCCUCCACAGCUCUCCGUUCCUGCGAUGCGUUCAAACAUCCGUCGCCAUCGCCGCCGGCCUAGCCCAGGCGCCUCCAGCCGGCGUUCUCUCAUACCCGCUGUCCUCUCCCAGCGCGAACCCUUCCGCCUCGCCGUUUGGUCCGCCCGCUACUGCAUCCCACGAAGUUGGUCCGCUGCCUGCAGACGCGAACCACAACAAACCCGAGCAUUCCGAAAAGAAAAUAAAGAAGGCCAUUCUCCGGCUGGAUGCAUUCCUUGGCGAGUGGCUAUCCCCCGAAUACUUCGAGAUGAUUACACCGCCGCCUGGCUCUGCUAUGAUGUUGGCUGGCGCAAAGGCAGAUCUUCUGCGGCAGGAGCAUAUCAGCGUCCACGACCAGGUCGUUGAGCAUUCGCAUCACCAUGCCAACUCUGUUGGUCAAGCUCAGAGCCAGCUGUGGAACAGUCCCAUCUUCAGAGCAGCCCCCGAGCGGUCCGGCUCGAUCGACUCGGACUCGCCGUCCAUUCUCGGUCUCGAUAACGUUUCCUCCAUGGCCGGUGCUCUGCCGCGAAGCCGUGCAGACAGCUCAGCUAGCUCGUCGAGUCAGAGAGUGCGCUUUGCGCUACCAGAACCCGCAAACCCCAACGACGGAUAUGUCGCCCCGAGUCCCAACUACGCCAUCUCACCGAGCCACAAGAUCCCCGACGGGUACGUGGCGCACGCGCGAGAUGCCUGCGUUUUUGUUGAUUACCAGUGGGACUCGAUGAGGGGGACCCUGGACUGGGGCGAUGGUGGCAAGUACGGCGAAGAGUGGACUGCCAUGCAUCACCGCUUCAGGAAGGGUAUCCAGAAGUUGGUGGACUGGUACACUACGGCCGAGCGCCCCGCUGAGAUGGUCACCAAGACAGUAAGGACGGCAAGGAACGGUGACACCGAGUGUGCUAUUGACGAUGAGGAUGACGACGACGUCGAGCCUGUGGUGAUCCUUGUUUCUCAUGGUGCCGGAUGCAACGCUUUGAUCGGCGCCAUCACCCACCAGCCGGUUCUCAUGGAUGUAGCGAUGGCUUCCUUGACGGUCGCCGCCCGCAAGCCGGGCCGCGAAUCCGGGCCCUCGGAGCUGGACACCCCCAUGUCGGAAGUCGACGUGGACCCAAUGUCUGGCACAAAAGGCCUAGUUCCUGUCCACCACUACUACGAUCUGAAGAUGUUUGCGAAUGUCGAUCAUCUACGGCAGCCUACCUCUGCCACCCACAACUUGUCCAGGGCCCCAUCCACAGCGUCUAACCACUCACAAAAUGGCCAACCGAACCAACGAGGCCGCGUUCCGUCUCUGAGUACUUAUACGCCUAGCCCAAUCGCCUUCAACCCUGACUCGUUUGCCUUUCCGGGCAGUCGAAGCAACUCGGCGAACGCGAGCCUAGGCAGCAUGCGCCGCACCUCCCACAACACACACUCCCUGCCCCGGGCCCCCCCGUUGAGCACGGGCGGAAUUACCGUAGGAAGCGGUGCCACAAGUUUCACGAAACCUUCACCGACGGUCUCCAUCGGGCUGUGGUCGCCCAUUACGCCGCAGAAAGAGGUGGGAGAAGAGGACGAGGAUGAUGAUAUUUUCCCAGACUUUGACCAUCGCAAGAAGCUGGCGGCUCUCUCCAAGCCUAGCCAGGACAUUGUUAAGCCUCCUACUCCCGAAAAGAAGGAGCCGCAGAUAGGGGGCCCUGCAAAGGUUCCCCAUAGACUACAGGAGAUCUCUCGACCUACUUCGAGUGACGGGACCGACGAGCAGAACGAGAUCCCUCAGCUGGGCACAUUCAACAAAGGUGGCCUAUGGGGAGCGCCGCGUCCCCUGUUACAGACGGAAAUCAUGCGCGACAUGACGACUUCAAAGCGGCGAUGGACCGUCAAUGAGCGUGCCUAG